AUGAAUUACAACCUGGAACCGACGCUCAAUCGGUUUAAAUUUGAUUUAAAUUUUUCGAAAUUUAUUAUCGUUGAUGAUUUAAGAAAAUAUUUACAACAAAAUCAUAACCAACUUACAUGGAAACAAAGAAUCAACAUAAUUGUAUACAUAAUCGAUGCAGUUUCAUGCCUUUAUCAAGAAAAUUCUAUUCAUAGAGAUUUGCAUUCAGGAAAUAUAUUAUAUUCUGAAUAUAACAAUGCUUGGCGUAUUAGUGAUUUUGGAUUUUGUGGACCUGCUGAUAAACCAUUAGAAAGUAUAUAUGGAAAUCUUCCUUAUAUAGCGCCUGAAGUUAUUAAUGGAAAAGGAUAUACUUUCGCAUCAGAUAUUUAUAGUGUCGGUAUGCUCAUGUGGGAGAUUUCAUCUGGACAACCACCCUUUGCUUAUUAUGACCAUGAUUAUGAUCUUGCAAUAAAUAUAAUAAAAGGAAUGAGACCACCAAUAGUAAAAGGAACUCUAACAGAAUAUAAAGAUUUAAUGGUUCAGUGUUGGGAUGCUGAUCCAUUAAAGAGACUCGAUUUGGAUACCCUCCAUGAUAAAAUUACAAAAAUACAAAAAUC